UUCACUGGCUUUCCCACUUUCUUUGGUUCCUCCUCCCACUCCCUUCCAAAAUAACUUGGGACCAUGGCGCUGGACUCAAAUGAUUUCACUGUGUACGUGGCGCUGCACGUCUCUCUUCUUUCAUUUUUACAUUUAACUUCUCCUGCUGCGGGCAGUGGGGUCACGACAGGAUCUGUGUCUGGACUAUUAUCGCCGUACGAUGUCUUAUAUUACAGCGGCGUUCGUGCAUACUUUAACGAGCAGUGGGAGAAAGCUGCGGAACAGUUCGAGAAGUCUAUAUCAACACGAGAUGCACUUUUCCGAAUCCGAAGGCAAUGUCAUGACGAAUGUAUAGGAGCGGGCAAAGACAGGCUGAACAAACUAGAUUCGGAGGAGGGGGUUCUAUGGGACCUGUGGGCGCAAGACUGGGUGCAGCGGCGGGCAGAGUGUGUGCGCUUUUGCCUGGGAAGGUCUGUUACCCCUGCAGGACAGCUUCCUGUUUCCCUGGAUAUUGAAUAUGAGUUCAGCUCCAGGAACCCCUACAACUUCCUACAGGUCACCUACUAUAAGUUGGGGAAGAUGCAGAAGGCUGCAUCGGCCGCACACACGUUCUUCGUGGCCAACCCCAGUCACCUGGAGAUGAGGAACAACAUUGAGAAGUACAGACGGAUGGAUGGAGUGACGGAGGAGGCCUUCCAGGAUAGAGAGACGGAGGCUGAGAAACAUUGGGUCUUCUAUGACUCUGCGCUGCUCUCUGAGUCGUCGUCUGACUGGGCGCGUGCGGUGGAGAGCUGGGCGGCCUGUGUGGACGAGACCGUGAGGAAGACAGGGGAGUGCAGGGUGCAGUGUGAGGUGGCUUCUCAGCUGCUUCCGGAGAACAGAGGAGAGGAUGGGGCGGAGGGGGUGUUUGAGAAGGCUGCAGCCCUCUCCCUCUCCCUGCUGUCCUGCCAGCAAUCUUGUGUGACCCAGGUGGCGACGAGGCCCGGAAGGAUCUCAGCUCAGGAGGACUUCCUGCCCAUGCAGCUGGAGCAUCUACACAUCGCACAGUUCAAAGCGGGGGAGUUCCCGGGAGCCGUGCAAACCCUUCGUUCUCUCCUCCUCUUCUACCCCUCCGACACCGACUCCCUCAGCAACCUGCAGCUCUACUAUGAGACACUAGAGGGAGACACAGAUAUACAGCCCUCUCAGGAGAUCUCGAGGUAUGUGAGUCGCUCAUUGCAAGAAAAAAAGCUCCUCUACUUUGGGAUGGAAAACCUGAACUUAAAUUUCAUUGACCCGGAUCUGUGGACACCAGAAGAAAUUGUACCCGAGUCGCUCAGGGAAACAUGGAGAGCUGAGAAACAGAAGCUGAAUGAUAAGAUGAAGGAGGGGGAGAGGAUGGUGGAGACAGACGACAGUGGAUUUUAUGCAGGCGGGCCUGUUCCUCAGGUUGGCGUGACGAUCACCAUGGACGACGAGGCUUUGAACGGGACUAAUCGUGUGGUGCUGGACGGAGUCCUGUCUCAGAGAGAGUGUGACACAGUACUCAACCUAGCAACUGUUGCUGCGUCAGUUGGAGAUGGUUACCGGGGCCGACGUUCUCCACACACGCCUCACGAGAAGUUCGAAGGCCUGACGGUUCUCAGAGCUGUAAAAUUGUCCCAGGAUGGCUUGGUGAACCAGACAGAUGCUCGGCUGCUCCAUGAGAUGGGGGAGAGGGUGAGGAACCUGCUGCACUCCUACUUCCGAAGCCCUUCCGGACUCUUCUUCUCCUACACACACCUGGUGUGUCGCAGCGCAAUCACAGGGGACCAGGAAGGAAGACUGGAUCUGUCUCAUCCUGUCCAUGUGGACAACUGUCUCCUGGAACCAGAGACCAGGCAAUGCUGGAGAGAACCACCAGCCUUCACACACAGAGACUUGAGCGCCGUGCUCUACCUGAACGACAAUUUUGACGGAGGAGAUUUCUUCUUCACAGACAGGGACGCCAAGACUGUAACGGCCCGGGUGAAGCCCAGUUGUGGUCGUCUGGUUGGCUUCUCCUCGGGUCCAGUCAACCCCCACGGCGUUACUGCGGUUACCGCCGGCCGUCGCUGUGCUCUGGCCCUCUGGUUCACCAAGGAGCAGCACCACAGAGACAUGGAGCGAGAGGAGGCGGAGGCCAUGUGGGCCGUGGAUGGACAGAGUGUGACCAAAGAGCCGAAGGAGGAGGGAGAGGGCGCCCGUGCCACCACGGCCCGUAGCGGCAGACGCCAGGGCUCCAGGGAAAGUGCCAACGGGAGGGGCAGGGUGACCGGGGGCAAGGACGAGCUGUGAGAUGGUACUCCGACGGGGUACUCCCUUUCACACACAACCCCCCCCCCCCUCCCCCGGUGAAAAUACCAUGAACCUUUCUCUAUUUUUACACCAGGAUUUUCGAUCACCACCUACGCAAUCUCCCCCCCCCCCUCAUCCCGGCUAUCCUCUUCAGUGUGUCACUGUAUUAUGUGUGUAUUUGUGGGAUAGAAAUGAUCUCCCCUCUGUGUGAAUAUGUCACUCCCACUGUGUGUGGUAUUGCGUGUUAUGUCAUAACUGGUAUGUUUCGUCUGAAGGAAAAAAAGGAAUGGAUUUUAAAUUUGAAUAAAUAUG